CUCUCGAUGGCUUUCUCCUGCGUAUCUGUGACCGUGGUGGUCUCCCUGGUGGCCCUCGUGUGGCCUGGAUCCUCUGUUGCUUCUCAUGGCGACUCACGGCGGAGUCCGCCCAACAUAUACCGCAAAGCGGCUCAGCACCAUGCCCAUGCGGCAGCAGGGGAGAGCGGAGGGCCGGCAUACGUCACCAAGUACUUCUCCAGCGACGUUGAUCACUUUAACUAUGAGGGUAGGAUCAGCGGAUCACUGACUCGGAGACGGUCAGUUCAGAAUCUGUCUGCUCUGCCGUUGCGGUGUGUGCAAAGACAACAGGACGUUCGCUAUGCGCGUGUUGGUCAACGAGGAGCGGUGGGAUGGACAGAAGGGGCGGCCAAUUAUCUUCUACACAGGUGCGUCGGUGGGGGUGACUGGCUGUUGGAUGGUCAUUCAUUCAUGACUCUCGGUGUGGUGUGCAGGCAAUGAGGGUCCCAUUGACUUGUUCUGGAACAACAGCCGCUUCUGGACGGAGACCGUCCGCGACCACUUUGGCGGCGUUGUGGUGUUCGCCGAGCACCGCUACUUCGGAGAGACCAUGCCCUUCGGCAACAAGUCAUUCGAGCGACAGAAUAUCGGAUACUGCACCAUCGAACAGGUGGACAGGACACGUUGGGGUGCCAUCCAUCCAUCCAUCCAUCUAUCCAUCCGACCAUUUGUGUGUGUCUUUCUCUUGUCAGGUGCUGGAGGACUAUGCGGUGCUGCUGAUGCGCCUCCAGUCGACCAAGUACGGUAGGGGGCCGAUACUGGCAGGUGGAGGGUCAUACGGCGGCAUGCUGGCAGCAUGGUUCAGGUUUGUGGAAACCGCCACGUCAGCCAGCCACACACACUGCUCUCACUGUCCUCCGUGUGCAGGUUGAAGUACCCCUCUCUGGUGACGGGCUCCCUGGCCGCCUCGGCACCGGUGCUGCAAUACGUCAACAUGACCGACCAAUACAUGUGGUUCGCCAAGGUUACUGAGGACUUUCGAUCAGCCGGCUGUGCCGACGGCAUCAAGACGGCAUUCACGUUUCUGGAACAAGCCACCAAGACUCUCAAACACAACAAAAAGGACAAGGCCACGGCGGCUCUGCGGCACUCACACAGGCAGACGGACGAGCGGCAGCAGACAGUGGAUGAUCUCGCCGGCACCUUCUCCACCUGCACACCCAUCGAGAACGGCACCCAGGUCGAGUCGCUCAUCGCGUGGAUGAUGGACGCGUUCGGCGAGCUGGCGAUGGUCGACUAUCCCUACCCGGCCUCGUUUCUCGGCUCACUGCCUGCCUGGCCCGUCACCAAGUUCUGUGAGGGGUACGGCAGCACUGCUGCUGCUGCUGCUAGUGUGUCCGAUCGGCGUGGUGUGUGGAUGGCCAUGAGGAGGGGGCUGGACGCAGCGGGGCUGGCGGAGAAGGGCAAGUGCCUCAACAUACAGACCACGGGCGAAGACGACUCACUCGGUGAGCAGAUGAACAGAAAGGGGCAACCACAUGGUUCAUUGCUGUAUGUGUGACGGUGUUCAUUUAGGCGCUUUGGAUGGGUGGGACUAUCUGACGUGCACGACGCAGAGCAUGCCCAUCGGCAGCAACGGUGACACCGACAUGUUCCCUCCGUCGCCAUACAACCUCACCGCUGUCGUCGACGGAUGCCGCAAGAAAUACGGUGUCACGCCAGACUUCACAUGGCCCAGAAGGUGAGAUAUGAGAGGACCUCCGACACGACACACCGACCGACCCACCCACAAGUGUGUGUGUGUGUCUAUGUCUAUGUUGGUCGUGUCAGGUAUUCUAACUACUUCGAGGGCUGCAGCAACAUCAUCUUCAGCAACGGGCUGCUCGAUCCAUGGUGGACCGGCUCCUUCCACCACUCGCCUUCGCCGUCGUGUGUGGUGCUCAACGUCACUGAGGGAGCCCAUCACCUCGACCUGCGUGCGCCGUCGGACGAGGACCCUUUGUCUGUGCGGCGUGUGCGUGAGAGGGAGCUGGGCAUCAUGCAGGGGUGGGUUGACGCAUUCUAUGGUGCUGCUGCUGCUGCUGGAGAGGAGAGGAGACGGCGGGGAGAGGAGGGCAGGGAGACAUUGGUCUACCAAUGAAGAGACAGACAGACAGACAAGAGACUGUGUGGUGGGUGGGUGGGUCGUGGCUGAGCUGUGGAUAGGGUGAAUAGCGUUGCGGUUGCUUGGCGAACGAGAUCAUGGGGAGUCCUUUCUGUUGCCGUCGUGAUGUACCAGAUGGACUCAUGCAGCGACAGGGACGCGUCCGGUGGUCCGAGCAGGCCAUCGUCGAUGUGUUCUUGUUGUUGUAGGUCACCCACUGAUCGCCACGACGGCCGACUGGCCAUCACAGAAGUGGUUGACAUUGCAUCCAGAUGCGCGCAGACGGAGAGCAGUGAGCCGCUCUUUUGCGCGUGCUUCCGUGCCGGACGGAGAUGUCUUUAUUAUGGGUGUCCCUGAUGAAUGAAUGCUGCA